GAUUCGUAAGAUCUUUCCGAAUAUGAAAGUUUUGAAAGUAGUCAAGUACAAUGAAAUAAUCUCGGGUAUCCUACAUCAAUAGCCCACAUUCUCAAUGAGAGGCGUAACUGCCAUGAUCAGGAAGCUUACAAUUAGAUCGAUGCAAUUACCAUACUUAUAACGAUAUCUGCCACAAACACACUUUCUCACAGUUAAACAUGGGGGCGACCCGCAGCUUUUUAAUUUCGUCGGACAGUCUACGCGAUGUCACCUCAUUUUCGUUCCGAUCACGACAUGGUGAAGAUGGGUUCCCUCAUCAUUGUUUUAACUGCCUUCGCUGUAUAUUGCAGUGAGGUGUAUUGUGACACACUUCCGACUAAGAUCGCUAAACCAGAAGAUACCGUUCUCCUCGAAAGAAACAACAGCAGUCAUGCGACAAUUGAGACGGGAAGCUUUUGGAAGAAUCUCAGUCUAUCGAAACGCAAACCGAAAGUGGUAGAGUCGAGGAGUCUGGAUAAUAUAAACAGCGAGAUGAAUAAGAGGAAAGGGCGAUUUUUAAGUAGUUUAGCCUUUCUAACUGGUCUCAGCUUCGGUGGAUUAGCCACCGCGGCAUCUUCCACUAUGAAGAAUAUUGCUAAGAUACCACAGAUGUUCAGCAUAAACCUAGGUUCUUCCAAAACCUCACCGUACUUCGCCGCCUAUUAUAGCCAAUAUCCUCCCUUGCUACCUUAUCCGUUUAUCUAUCCCGGUGCCUUUGGACUCGCGCCGGUGAUUGACUCCACGAAACCCCAGACGACGCAGAACGAUUUAACGCCGCAAGUGAUAAACCUAUUCGACAAUAGACCGAACGAUAUUGCGGGAAAUAACGAAGACUAUACAGAUGCAGAGACGUCCAACGUGGGCAACGGGGCUGAUGAUCGCAUAAGAUUGCAAGCCGAAGCUGAUCGAAACGCGGAAGAGAAGAAUACGAUACGCGGGUGUAAAGAGGGUCAGCGGAGGCGCGCCAACGUGAAAGGAACAACCAGAGAGCGUGAAUAUCUUCACGAGAAUGCCGUUAAUUUGCAAGCAAGCUUGAAUUUUCGUCGAUCUGAGAAUUCGACGGAGAAACCAGAUGAUACAAUAUCAAAUAAGCCUACUAUGAGACCUAAUACUACCACAAUUUCACCUGACCAUACAAAUACAACGCAUCACCACCAUCAUCACCAUCAUCAUAUUUUCCCGGGAUAUUAUGGUGGAUAUCCACAGAAUAUACAUCAUGUGGAUCUUACAACAUCGCAUCCGUACAGCCAGAUCGAUUAUAAUCCACCGUAUGAACAGCACACUAAUUUUUAUCAAAACGACAAAUAUAAUGUUUACCAAGGCUUUAAUCCAUCUUUAUCCGCGCCAUUCUCAUCCGAUCAAUCAAACGAAUUCGCAGGCACGGAUUAUAACAGAGUAUAUCCUUCCGGAUAUCCACCAUUAAAUAUCAGCGAUGGUUUUACACCUCUAAAAUAAAUGAUACUUUUUAUACAAAGAUCAUU